CACGUGAUAAAGCACUGUGCAGUGGAGUGCUGUGGACAAGCCUGCAGUGGAUACAGCUCAGUACAUGGAAAUUGCCAGAAGAACGCUUCUGCCCUAGCACUUGCCAGCUGAAAAACAAAAACUGAUUCUUUGAGUGAUGUAAACUACCGAUGGCCUCUUGCUUUACACCACUUACAACACUGCUUUCAAUGUUUUUGUUUUACUUAGAAACUCCCACAAAAUGUUGCAAUUCAACUCUAAAAAUAGAAAACAGUUUUAUUUAUCCAAGAGUUCAAAAGCUAUUGUUUGCGCAGCUCUUGCCAGAGCCACGGCCAGUCCUUGCAUCUUGAGGGUGAUGAUUCCUCGGUUAAACGUGUGCGUUGAUGGUCUGCUCAGCGUGGAGCGGGCUGAGCUGCAGCGAGAUGAUCUAAUUUUGAGAAGUAUUUGUGUGAUGAAGGAGCAAGGAAAAGUGAUGAGUUCUUGUCAAAGCUGAAGACAGAGAUUUCUGGAGUCGGUUGUGCACCUGACCUUUGCCUGUGUUUGACGCUACAUUCAGUAGCUCUGUGGUUGGACGUUGAGGCACAGAUCUCUUGCAGACCAGCAUUGUAUUCCCACAGAGACUUACUGCCUUCAGUGAGGUGCCAUCAGGGCGGAAAGUUCCAGAUCAGCAGCCAGGACUGGGGGGUAGGAAAAACCACCCCUGUAAAUGAGGAGUCCGUGAGUAAUACUACUGUUUCACACCAUGCAGCACAGUAUGGAUGGACAGAAAAAAGGAAAACUGUGCCCUGUAAAGCCUCUUUACUCGUGCUUGGACAGGGAAUAGCACUGCUCUGUUGUGGUUUUGACUAUGAGUCAGGAUGAAUAAACCUAUGCAUUGAAGGUCAUCGUUCAAAACAAUUGUUAUCCACGUUAAUAAGGCAAGUAAGAAAAUGUAGUGGGACGGAGGCAAGGAGGAGAAGCCCCGAGCGAGUGCUGGGACGAGGGCCUCCGGGCAGGACCCCCUCCCUGCCGCGGCAUCACCAUGUCCAAGAAGGGCACCAGCAGCCGAGCCAGGGGGGAGAAGCCAGACGCCUUGGCCGCCUUGCAAGCUGCCAAUGAAGAGCUCAGGGCCAAGCUCACCGACAUCCAGAUAGAGCUCCAGCAAGAAAAGAGUAAGGUCAGCAAGUUGGAAAGAGAGAAAAAUCAGGAAGUUAAGCAGAUCAAAGAGCACGAACAGCAUAAAAGUACAGUGGUGGUAACAGAGCUCAAAGUCAAACUUCAUGAAGAGAAAAUGAAGGAGCUCCAAGCUGUUCGAGAAGCACUUUUGAGACAGCACGAAGCUGAGCUACUUAGAGUAAUAAAAAUUAAAGAUAAUGAAAUCCAGAGACUACAGACCCUUCUCAAUGCUGUACGUGAUGGGGCUCCUGACAAGGUGAAAACAGUGCUGCUCACAGAGGCGAAGGAGGAGGCCAAGAAGGGGUUUGAAGUUGAGAAAAUAAAAAUGCAGCAGGAAAUUUCAGAGCUGAAGGGGGCUAAGAAACAAGUGGAAGAGGCUUUAACUAUGGUCAUCCAAGCUGACAAAAUUAAAGCAGCUGAGAUAAGGAGUGUGUAUCACCUGCAUCAGGAGGAAAUCAGCAGAAUUAAGAGGGAGUGUGAGAGAGAAAUUCGUAGACUGAUGGAGGAGAUUAAAUUUAAAGACAGAGCAGUCUACGUGCUGGAGAGAGAGUUAGGGGUUCAAGCCGGGCAUGCUCAGAGACUGCAGCUCCAAAAGGAGGCUUUAGAUGAACAACUUUCCCAGAUCAAAGAGUCUGAUCGGCAUCUGAGCAGCCCCAAGCGGGAACUUCCUUAUGCAAGUGGUGCAGGAGACGCUUCAGAUCAUUCGGGAAGCCCCGAACAGCAGUUGGAUGAAAAGGAUGCCCGGCGUUUCCAACUCAAAAUCGCUGAGCUGAGUGCCAUCAUCAGGAAGCUGGAGGACCGGAACGCGCUGCUGUCGGAGGAGAGAAACGAGCUGUUAAAACGUCUUAGAGAAGCUGAAAGUCAGUAUAAGCCCAUUUUGGACAAAAAUAAACGCCUUAGUAGGAAGAAUGAAGAAUUGUCACAUGCCUUACGUCGAAUGGAAAACAAAUUAAAAUUUGUAACACAAGAAAAUAUAGCAAUGAGACAAAGAGCUGGAACAAUAAGGAGACCGAGCUCUCUAAAUGACCUUGACCACAGCCAGGAAGAAAGAGAAGUUGAUUUCCUGAGGCUACAAGUCAUUGAACAGCAAAACAUCAUUGAUGAACUCUCCAAGACCCUGGAAACUGCUGGCUAUGUGAAGAGUGUCAUGGAACGUGAUAAGCUGUUAAGGUAUAGGAAGCAAAGGAAAAAAAUGACCAGAAUUCCCAAGAAGCCGGUCGUGGAGACGUUUUUCGGCUACGAUGAAGAAGCUUCCUUGGAGUCUGAUGGUUCCUCUAUCUCGUACCAAACUGACCGGACAGAUCAAACCCCUUGCACUCCUGAAGAUGACUUGGAAGAGGGCAUGGCCAAGGAAGAGACAGAACUGCGAUUUCGGCAGCUGACGAUGGAGUACCAGGCUCUGCAACGAGCAUACGCCCUAUUGCAAGAACAGGUCGGAGGAACAUUGGAUGCAGAACGAGAAGUUAAGACACGUGAGCAGCUCCAAGCAGAAAUACACCGCUCUCAGGCUCAGAUCGAAGACCUGGAGAAGGCCCUUGCUGAGCAGGGGCAGGAUAUGAAGUGGAUUGAGGAGAAGCAAGCAUUGUAUAGAAGAAACCAAGAGCUGGUAGAAAAGAUAAAACAAAUGGAAGCUGAGGAAGCUCGCUUGAAACACGAUGUCCAGGACGUUAAGGAUCAAAACGAGCUCCUGGAGUUCAGGAUCUUGGAGCUCGAAGAGAGAGAAAGACGAUCGCCUGCCAUCAACUUCCAUCACGGUCCUUUUACAGAGGGGAAAAGCCCUCUCCAAGUCUACUGCGAGGCAGAAGGUGUAACAGACAUAGUAGUAGCAGAGCUGAUGAAAAAAUUGGACAUUUUAGGGGAUAACGCCGUAAGUAAUCUGACCAAUGAAGAGCAAGUAGUUGUCAUACAAGCAAGGACAGUUCUCACGUUGGCUGAAAAGUGGCUACAGCAGAUAGAAGUGACGGAGUCUGCCCUGCAGCAGAAGAUGCUGGAUCUCGAGAACGAAAAGGAGCUGUUCAGCAAGCAGAAGGGCUACCUGGAUGAUGAGCUCGACUUCAGGAAACAGUCCUUGGACCAAGCUCACAAGCAAAUUCUGGAAUUAGAAGCCAUGCUCUAUGAUGCCCUGCAGCAAGAAGCUGGAGCCAAAAUUUCCGAACUUCUUUCAGAAGAGGAGAAAGAGAAACUGAAGAGCGCUGUAGAGCAAUGGAAGAGGCAGGUGAUGAGCGAGCUCCGGGAGAGGGACGCCCAAAUCCUGCGAGAAAGGAUGGAGCUCAUUCAACACGCACAGCAGAGAAUUAAAGAGCUAGAAGAAAGAAUUGAAGGCCAAAAAAGACAAAUAAAAGAGUUAGAGGAAAAGCUUUCAUUCUUUGGUCAUAGUCCUUCAGGCCACGUGCAAAAGCCUACUGAGGAAGCUACAAUUGCUUCUGCUGUUCUUAGCAGGAAGACAGCAUUGAUUGCCAAGACAGAAAAAGAGACAUUGCCGUUUCAGAAACCCCAAAUAUCUCUCAUAUUUUGCUACUGACGAUGGAAGAUCCAGUCUUUCUGACCCUUUUAGACUGAUGCUGGAAUAGGGUACGUGGAAAUUUCUGCACAGGUGACGUCUGCGCCCCUGAAAUCUCUGGCUGAGCAUUUUGAAAAGCCAGAACUAAGCCGACAAAGAAGAAAGCCAAAAACCCCCUCCCUCUCCUCCAGCCACAGGCUCCUUCCCGGAGCCCUGGCUCUGCUGCUUGAACUAAUUUCAGUGGAACUCCCGGCUCUGCUGCUUGAAAUAGCUCUCAGCUUUACAUAAGGAGCGGUAUAUUAAUUCAGAUAAACUGAAUAUAUUUUGGUUCCCUGCUAAGCAGGCAGUCAAUUGCUUCUCUGUAGAAGUGAUCGUGUCCUGUUUUAUAUGUCACGCAUUUAUAUUUGUUAUUCAUAGUUAUUUAAAAAUCUGUCUUGAAAGAAGAUUUUAGGAAGAGUUCCAGAGGAGUAACGCAUGAAAAGAUAAAUGUGAAUGAAAAUGAAGUGGUUUGUUCCAAGAUAUUUCUUCAUAACACAGGGUAUGUCCGAUGGUUUGUUGAAUAUCCCGCAAGCCCAGUCUUAGGGAAAAACAUGAAGCAAUGUUCAGGAAAUCAAGUCGUAAUUUUUUUUUGGAGUUUUCAGUAGACCAUGGCCCGCAGCACGAUGAGAAAAAUAGCACAAUAAUUUAUACUUUGCUGUGCCUGAAUGACGACAAAAGGCUUAACGUUGUCCCAGCAAAAAGAUCGACCUGGAAAAGAGUGAACGUGAACCACCUUAUCGCUGAUCCGCAGGCUCUGGGCUGGGGCAGGCGGCCGGGGGAGCAGCAGAUUUUACCCCCUUGAGGCAAGGGAGCACAAGUACUGCAGAGCCCAAGCCCAGGAGGCUGGUGCCGGAGCCGGGAAGGAAAAUGGAUCCUCUAGAAAAAGAGGUGAAGGAGGGACAAUCCGGAAGAAAUCCCACAGUGUGAUUCACCAUACGGAACCGCAGCCGAGCGCCCAAACCUGGGGCUGUCGGGGAAGGCCAAGAACAAGCUCCCGUCUGCAGCUUUGCACAGCGGAGCUGCCACCGAGGUCCCUGAGGUGCAGGAUGCGGCGGAGGAACUGCCCGUCCCUUGGAAGCGUGAGGCAGGAAGCAAAACAGAGCUCCUGACAGGUACCUGGACCGCUUCCAAAACUUGUGUGGAGUUUAUAAGGCUACAAAGAAAAUCCCUUGAUACUGAAAUUCUAUAAACUCUCCAGAUACUUGUACAUCAAUCAUCUGUUUUAAACCAGACAAGACAAAACAGCAAAGGGAGCUAAACUACAAAAAUGUAAGAAAAUUAAUUGUUCAGAAAAGUCUUAUAUUUGUACUGAGGUAAUAUGACAUUUUAAGUCAAAGGUUAUGGAUUUUGAUAUCAGCAUAUGAUUAUAUUACAAAAGUAAUUUAACAAAUUCCAAUUCUACCCGAUACAAAUACCAAUACUGGGAUUACAUUGAUGGGCUACAUUUUACUUCUGCAUUUCAUGCUUACAACAUGUGUCCAUUUUGAGUUCUACUUAAAUACUUCAUGUCCUAGAAUAUUUCAUUUACUUGGAAGAACUGCGACCGGUAGUGAGGUAACUGCCUGCAGCGUAAGGCAUUACGACCCCCGGCUGGAACGCUGCAGGACUGCGCGGUGCCGGCGUCCCUGACCGCGCCUGAACUGCAGGGCCUGGAGACGCACCCCGCGCUCCCGGGAGCUGCUGGGACUGGGAUCGGCGGCGACGAGCGCCUUUGGAAGUGGCUCGGAUCCAUUUCAUCGCUGUUUUCUCAGGCCGUGCUUUUGCACGUGGUGUGUAUGCGUCUAGGACUUCAGUUCUGUUUUGCCAUUAAUUAGACUUUCUUAAUUUUUUUUUUUUUUAAAUUAAAAAGCUAACUGUACAGGACAGGUACAUGUGUAAAUAAGGGAUUAUGCUUAUGUAUAUGUUAAUAUUUAUAUGUAAAAAGAUAUGUACAUAGGAAAGAAAAAAGUGGCUCAAAGAAUGUUUUCAAAACUGUUUCUUUCUUAUAAAUGCACAGGCAGGAAAUCUACAUAAAUGUGCUCCUUAAUUUCAACAUAAGCGGUUUGCUCAAUUUUCAGUCACUUUGUAUUUGAUCCCACUGGGGUUUUGUACGAUGAGUUUGUACGAUGAGUCCGUGACCGUGGCGUGGAGCCAUUCUGGAGAGUGGGCCGCCCUUCAUCCAUGAGAUGAGCUGUGUCAGAUCUCGUUUGCUGUCUUCUUACCUCUGGGUCUUGCGCAUCUUUUAACAACAUGCUCUCAAAGCCACGGGACCGCGGUGGGGGAGGCGUUACCCUAAUCUGGGUCUGUGCCAUAAGGCUUUUUCCUGCAGCCCCUCCGUCCCUCGGUGCAGGUGUAAAGCACCAGAGCACAGCUGGGGUUUGCAGCCCCGGGGCGGGGGGGGCCCAUUCGUUCUCAGGCUGGUGGGCGCCUGCUCCUCAGGCCGGCAGCCCAAAGGCAGGGGCUGCCAACCGCUCCAGUUCACAGAACCCCAGCCUGGUGUGGGUGGGCAGGGACCUCCCAGCCCACCCAGUGCCACCCCUGCCAUGGGCAGGGACACCCUCCACCAGCCCAGGUUGCCCAAAGCCCCAUCCAACCUGGCCUUGAACACUGCCAGGGAGCCAGGGGCAGCCACAGCUUCUCUGGGCACCCUGUGCCAGGGCCUCAGCACCCUCACAGGGAAGGAUUUCUGCCUCACAUCCCAUCUCCAUCUCCCCUCCUGCAGCUUCAGGCCAUUCCCCUUGGCCUGGCACUCCCUGCCCUUGUCAACCAUCCCUUGUAAAAAGUUUCUCACCUAUAAGCAUCUUUUAUAAAUUCCCCAGAUUUCCUUCAAAUAACGACGAGACAGGGAGCCAGAUAAACCAAGUGUAUCACAGGUGCGUUACUGCUGUAGCACGAUCGCUACGUUUCACCUACAAGAAGCUGAGUGGUGCGUGUAGAUGCGUUCGCUCACACACGCAGUUUCUGGAGGAGCACUGACGCGGUCAGGACGCUCCCUGCCCGGGUCCUGCCGCCGUGGUACGGACGGGCGGGCUGCCGCGUCCGCAGAGCAACACGUCUAAACUGAAAUCCAUUGGAAUUGCAGCUUACUGUGUCAACAACCGUGCGUUGUGUAUUUCAGGCCUGUACUUCUUGUUCAAGCUGUUGGAGGACCGUGGCUGUUAUUUAAAGUAUUCUGCUGUAGUACUGUCUGUAGCCUUCAGUGUAUCCUCGAGUGCCUUACGCAGCUUGUGAACAAAACUCCUGACCGCAAAGAGAAAAUGCACCCGAGCGUCCCUCUGGGGGGACCGAUGCCAACUCCCCCUGCAUCCCGAAUGCCACCACCACCCCCCACGCGAUGGGCAGCGUGCGUUAGCACAGAAAUGGAUUUAGUUUAGACUCAGGAAAUCGUAUUGUGAAUAUGUGUAUUAAACCCUGUACUUACUUAUUGUACAUUUUAUAAAAAGGAACUACCAUAAACUUAUGCAAAACGUAAACCAGAGAAAACGUUUUUUUCCAAUGGCCAGUGUGCCGUGACUUGUGUUCUCUAAUAUAAUCCCCUAACAACCAUAUCCUGAAGACGUAGUUUGGUUCAGUGCUGAAACAGUAAUUGACAGGCCAAAAAUAGGGCCGGUCGAUCGAUUACAGAAUUUUACACAUAUUUUUGUAUUGUGAUUCAUAUGAUAUAUAUCAAGAGACUUUCUAUUCAUUUGUAAAAUACAUAAAUUAUUGUAAACUUUUAAUAAAAAGAUCUGUUUUAAACCUUCAUAUUGGAUAAAUUGUUUUGGUUCUUUUCCCAGGUUGCA